UCGAGCUGUCAGGCCAGGCGGCCGAGGCUGCAGUGGAAACCAGAAGGUUGGAGAAUGCCAGCAGGAGGUGCCUGCCCUGCCUGUCCUGUCCAGCUGCUCCUCCCCUCGACCCAGGGGUGGGUGUUUCCCGGACGCCUGACUCCUGGCCUUUCUUCCUGGACUCGCAGGGCUUCUUACUGCAGUUUAAAGCUCUUCCCUGGCCUGCGUUACAGUGAACCAGUUUAGUUGAAGCAGAUGCUGGAUUCUCAGCGUUUGCCAAGGCACAAGUAACAAGCUCACCCAGCUGGGCACCUUUGAGGACCACUUUCUGAGCCUCCAGCGCAUGUUCAACAACUGUGAGGUGGUGCUCGGGAACCUGGAGAUCACCUAUGUGCAAAGGAAUUACGACCUUUCCUUCCUGAAGACCAUCCAGGAGGUGGCUGGCUAUGUGCUCAUUGCUCUCAACACGGCAGAGAGGAUCCCGCUGGAGAACCUGCAGAUUGUGCGUGGGAAUGUGCUCUACGAAAACACCUACGCCCUUGCCGUCCUGUCUAAUUAUGGGGGCACCAACAGUGCCAACCGGACCGGGCUUCGGGAGCUGCCACUGAGGAGCCUGCAGGAGAUCCUGCAGGGCACCGUGCGCUUUAGCAACAACCCCGUGCUCUGCAGCGUGGACACCAUCCAGUGGAGGGACAUCAUGGAUAGCAGAUUCCUGAGCAACAUGUCACUGGACCUGCAGAGCCACCAGAGCAGCUGCCAAAAGUGUGAUCCAAGCUGUCCCAACGGGAGCUGCUGGGCCCCAGGAGAGGAAAACUGCCAGAAAUUGACCAGGAUCAUCUGUGCCCAGCAGUGCUCGGGGCGCUGCCGAGGCAAGUCCCCCAGCGACUGCUGCCAUAACCAGUGUGCGGCCGGCUGCACAGGACCCCGGGAGAGUGACUGCCUGGUCUGCCAAAAGUUCCGCGACGAAGCCACCUGCAAGGACACCUGCCCGCCGCUCAUGCUCUACAACCCCACCACGUACCAGAUGGAUGUCAACCCCGAGGGGAAGUACAGCUUUGGCGCCACCUGCGUGAAGAAGUGUCCCCGGAACUACGUGGUGACAGACCAUGGCUCCUGUGUCCGGGCCUGCGGCCCCGACAGCUACGAGAUGGAGGAGGACGGCGUCCGGAAGUGCAAGAAGUGCGAAGGCCCCUGCCGCAAAGUUUGCAACGGAAUAGGGAUCGGGGAAUUCAAAGACACGCUUUCCAUAAAUGCCACAAACAUCAAGCACUUCCGGAACUGCACAGCCAUAAGCGGCGACCUGCACAUCCUCCCGGUGGCCUUCCGGGGGGACUCCUUCACGCGCACGCCGCCCCUGGACCCCAAGGAGCUGGACAUCCUGAAGACAGUGAAGGAGAUCACAGGGUUCUUGCUGAUUCAGGCCUGGCCUGAGAACAGGACCGACCUCCACGCCUUUGAGAACCUGGAAAUCAUCCGCGGCAGGACAAAGCAACAUGGCCAGUUUUCUCUCGCUGUCGUUGGCCUGAACCUGACGUCCCUGGGGCUGCGCUCCCUGAAGGAGAUCAGUGAUGGGGACGUGAUUGUCUCUGGAAACCGACACCUAUGCUAUGCCAACACCAUCAACUGGAGAAAGCUGUUUGGGACUUCCGGUCAGAAAACCAAGAUUAUCAACAACAGAGGCGAGAAGGCCUGCACCACUGAUGGCCACAUCUGCCACCCGCUGUGCUCAGCUGAGGGCUGCUGGGGUCCCCAGCCCUGGGACUGCGUCUCCUGCCGGAACGUGAGCCGGGGCAGAGAGUGCGUGGCCACGUGCAACGUCCUGGAGGGGGAGCCCCGGGAGUUCGUGGAGAAUUCUGAGUGCAUCCAGUGCCACCCCGAGUGCCUGCCCCAGGCCAUGAACGUGACCUGCACCGGCAGGGGCCCUGACAGCUGCAUCCAGUGUGCACACUACAUCGAUGGCCCCCACUGUGUCAAGACCUGCCCAGCCGGGAUCAUGGGGGAGAACAACACGCUGGUGUGGAAGUACGCGGACAGCAGCCACGUGUGCCGCCUGUGCCACCCCAACUGCACCUACGGAUGUGCCGGGCCAGGUCUGGAAGGCUGUCCAAUAAAAGGGCCCAGGAUCCCCUCCAUCGCCACUGGGAUUGUGGGCGGCCUCUUCCUGCUGGUGGUGCUGGCCCUGGGCGUCGGCCUCUUCAUGCGGAGGCGCCACAUUGUCCGCAAGCGCACACUGCGCCGGCUGCUGCAGGAGCGUGAGCUGGUGGAGCCCCUCACACCCAGUGGAGAGGCCCCCAACCAGGCCCUGCUGCGGAUCCUAAAGGAGACAGAAUUCAAGAAGGCCAAGGUGCUAGGCUCCGGAGCAUUUGGCACCGUCUACAAGGGACUGUGGAUCCCAGAAGGCGAGAAAGUGAAGAUCCCUGUGGCCAUCAAGGAAUUGCGAGAAGCCACAUCCCCGAAAGCCAACAAGGAGAUCCUGGACGAAGCCUAUGUGAUGGCCAGCGUGGACAACCCCCACGUGUGCCGACUGCUGGGCAUCUGCCUAACCUCCACCGUGCAGCUGGUCACACAGCUCAUGCCCUUCGGCUGCCUGCUGGACUACGUGCGUGAGCACAAGGACAACAUCGGGUCUCAGCACCUCCUCAACUGGUGUGUGCAGAUCGCCAAGGGCAUGAACUACCUGGAGGACCGGCGCCUGGUGCACCGGGACCUGGCGGCCAGGAACGUCCUGGUGAAGACACCACAGCAUGUGAAGAUCACAGACUUCGGGCUGGCCAAGCUGCUGGGCGCGGAGGAGAAGGAGUACCACGCUGAGGGCGGCAAGGUGCCCAUCAAGUGGAUGGCUUUGGAAUCGAUUUUACACCGCAUUUAUACCCACCAGAGUGACGUCUGGAGCUAUGGAGUCACAGUGUGGGAGCUGAUGACCUUUGGGUCCAAGCCAUAUGACGGGAUCCCUGCAAGCGAGAUCUCGUCCAUCCUGGAGAAAGGAGAGCGCCUCCCGCAGCCGCCCAUCUGCACCAUCGACGUCUACAUGAUCAUGGUCAAGUGCUGGAUGAUAGAUGCAGACAGUCGCCCGAAGUUCCGCGAGUUAAUCGUUGAGUUCUCCAAAAUGGCCCGAGACCCCCAGCGCUACCUUGUCAUUCAGGGGGAUGAAAGGAUGCAUCUGCCAAGCCCUACGGACUCCAACUUCUACCGUGCCCUGAUGGACGAGGAGGACAUGGAGGAUGUCGUAGAUGCAGACGAAUACCUCAUUCCACAGCAGGGCUUCUUCAGCAGCCCCUCCACCUCCCGGACUCCACUCCUGAGUUCUCUGAGUGCAAACAGCAACAACUCCACGGGAGCUUGUGUUCACAGAAACGGGCAGAGCUGCCCUGCCCAGGGAGACAACUUCCUGCAGCGCUACAGCUCGGACCCCACGGGCGCCCCAGCCGAGGAUAGCCUGGAUGCCGAGUUCCUCCCAGCACCCGAAUACAUAAACCAGUCCUUCUCCAGAAGGCCUGCAGGCUCCAUGCAGAACCCCAUGUAUCACAAUCAGCCCGAGCACCCCGCUCCUGGCAGAGACCCACACUACCUAAACCCCCACAGCUAUGCCGUGGGCAACCCUGAGUAUCUCAACACCCUCCUGCGGACCUGUGUCAGCGACUCAGACGGCUCCAUCCCCUGGACCCAGAAGGGCAACCACCAAAUUAGCCUGGACAACCCUGACUACCAGCAGGACUUCUUCCCCAAGGAAGCCAAGCCCAACGGCAUCUUUAAGGGCCCCACAGCGGAAAAUGCAGAAUACCUUCGGGUGGCCCCGCCAAGCAGUGAGUUUAUUGGAGCGUGACAUGGAGCACAGCCUCCACCAUACAAAUUCCAGCCUCUUCGGAACCCAGGACCCAGCCCCAGCUGCUGCUCCACCCCAGCCACGCCCUGUUCUGGCAAAGGCCGACCCAAGAUCGGCUCUCAGCUGGCAGCUGUCCUUGGCACCCUCAGCCCAGAAGUGCUCUGUCUGGGAUGUGCUGGGGAAGUGCAGGUACAUUCCUCAGUCUCCAAACUGUGAAGCUUCCACAUACACACUCAGCGAGAACAUUGGCCAUUUGGGCAGAAGUUUACAUUUUGGAGAGGUACAUUAGAAAAGCAAUAAAAAUAUAUAGGAGUUUUACUGCUUGGGGAUCUUUGGGUUUCUAGUCAGUGGCCAUGCCUGAUUUUGAGUUCCUGGGCUGUCUGUCCAAGGAGGAAGCCCAUGUACUUGCUACACUCAGUCCAUCCAGGCCAAGGAGCAUGGGCCGCAAGUCUUCCAGCCACCACUGCAUUCCACUGGCUCUGCUCCUCCGAGACUGUUGAGGAAGGCAAGUGUACACAAGGAGCCCGUGCACCCUUGGCAGGCCUGCUCGGUGCAGACUCGUAUCAUGGCAGGUACAUAGGAUAAGCCACUUAGUUCCUUCAUGGGAGAAGAGGACCUGAGGGGAGGGUUCUCCCUCAGACUCACUUUUGUAUGUGUCUCCCUGCUCUGACCCCUCUUAGUUCACCAGUGUUUUCUGAUCGUGAGUAUUACCCUUGUCUACUUUCCAUUCCAUCAUUUUGAAACUUCAUAUGCUUUCCCUGUCUUGACAUCAUGAAGCUGGCAAAAGCAAGACAGUACGUCCAAGAAUAGCUAAGAGUCCACAUUUGAUCCACCAAUGUUCAGACCUACCAUUAAGACAAGGAAACUGCAAGAGUUUGCUCAAGAAAGCAGCAGUCAGAUUUCUUAUUUCUGACAGUACUGGGAAUUGAACCUAGCACUCUGCACCAUUCCACAUCCCCAGCACCUUUUGAUGUUUUAAUUUGAGGCAGGAUCUCAUUCAGUUGCCUGGGCAGGGCUGGAACUUGCAAUUCUCCUGCUUCCCAGAGUUCUGGGCUCCAAAUGUGCAUCGCAGCACUCAGUUUAGCACCCAAAUGUGAGUCUCAGAUGAAAAUUUGGGGCACAUUUCAUGAGAUUACAAAAAUGGUGCUCUGAACACUCACUCUGCCUACACCUCUCUCCAGCUGUCUCAUGAGAGACAAUCUUCGCAUUUUCCCUAAAAAUACUUGGCUGGGAAGGUGCAUGCUCCUCCAUGGCUACUGGCCCAGGUCUCUGUGCGCUUGGUGACAAGGUGUCAUCUGCGAGGCCACCAGGCAAGAGCUACCUGCCACAGGACCUGCGCCUCCCAGGACAGGCAGCCAAGGAGAGAGAUCAGCGGCUGUUAGGAAGCUAGAUUUGGAGUGGAUGACAGUGUUUUCACAUCUGCAGGUGUUUUACCAGGGAAAUUCUACAGUAAUUUCCCUGUAAGUUAUGGCUCCAGUGAGUUAGGAUCUCUCGUCCUUGCAACCUGAUUGUCACCAAUAUUUCACCCACUCUUAGUCAACAUCCACCCUUUCCACUUCACCAAGGAAGAAAUCCCGGAUUUCGAGAAACUCACAAUGUAACAAAGGAAAUGGACUAAUAAAUACUAACUUAAAACACUAUGACAGAUGCCAGAGAAGAGACAGCACAGGCAGAUAGAUUCUGCCUGGGGCGACCGGGGAGAAGGUGCAGCGGGACAUCCUCCAGGAUGACCAGAGUCUCGGCCUGGAGGGAGGUGGCAAGAAUGCUCCUUCCUGGCCAAGAAAGCAGCCACCGAGGGCUCCACUAGGGAAGCAGAGCACCCUGACUCUCAGGGUGGCCUUCCUGUGGGAACCCUGAGAAGUAGAUGGUGAGAAGACUGGACAGCGUUCCUCACAUCUGAGAUUCAGAGCCUUUGCCCUAAGGCCCUUUCAUUAUCUGUUCACUCCAGAAUGUAAAGAAAACUUAGCCAACUGCACAAAACUAGGAAGUAGAAUGACUCGGCUUCUCCUGUCACCGAGUUGUCAGAAGCGGAUGAGGGAGGACAGUCAGUUGCAAGCCAGCCCAGGGGUAGCCAAGAAAUCUUAGUAUUUUUGUACUUUAUAAUACUUUCCUAUAACACAAUAAAAUAGCCAAGACUAUUCAAGCGUGCUUUUGCUGUCCUUUAUAUUUUGGUUUUCUGGCAUAAAACUUCGUUGCUAUUAAUUUUGAGAUUGUAUUUCCCCAAAUCCCCUCUGCCUCAUCCCUGGAAGCACUGCUGUGGGGCUGGGAGCUGAGGCUCCUCCAGGCACUGCAGUCACCGUGUUUCCAUGUCACAGCCCUGGCUCUGCCCUUCCAUCCUUGCUUGUGAACGGCCAGCCCCAGUGCCUUUGAGUGUCUGUCUGUCACCUGUUCCUGAGUCAGUUCCUGGGAGAAGUGUCUCCGCGCCCUGGCCUCAGGUCUGGUCUCUGGGUGCAGAGUCCGGAGUGAACGUUUACUGUGUGAAUCCGCAUAUUCUGCAAGGAGUCCCUACUACUAUACCCAGGAGAAGUACUCAGCACCUCAAGGUCUAAGAGAGCUGCAUCUUUCACACUCAGAAUCUGCUGAGUACAGGCUGCCUCUGUCCUUCAGUGAGUGCCCAGGAGGCGUCUGCUGCAAUCAGGGUGGGGCCAACACCUGUGCUUCUGAAGCUCCUUCCCAUCUGGGUUUGCCUCGCCCACCCCACUCAGCAGGAAGGAACCGAGGAUGGCACAGGCACGGAAGGCCUGGGUUCUGGGUCAGGCUGCAGGGAAGCAUCUCACACCUGGCAAGAGGAUCCUGUGGGUUUUCCCAGAUGCAGCCCGGGCUGGCGCUCUACAGAACACUCCUGGCCACUCUGACAUCUCCACCUUGUCAAGGACCACAGUGCGAAGGAGAGGCCUGGCUGCUGGGCCUCCACCCACGUCCUCUACAUCAGCCUCUGCAUAGCGUGAGUCCAGCACCCCUUGAAGAACCUGGGAGCCUAAAAGACGGCUCAGCAGUCCCCACAAGCAACUCAGUCAGCAGCUCAGGGGCUCCCCCAGAACAGGCCCAAUAACCCACUGAGCUGAUUCUGACAGGAAGCCAUGUGAACCCCUCAUCUCUAAGACCCCUUCCGCCACCCAAGCCUUGGAGUCUAUACCACACCCCAAAUCAGGAUAAGCCCACUGGGGAGGGCAGAGAUUCCCAGCUGCUAUGCAGGCCCCAAGACUGAGAUUGGCCCCUCAAUGUCCUUCCAAGAGCCUGCACUUCCUACCACUGGCUGUUUACCCUGAAAAUGGUAAAAGUCCAGGUCUGAGCAAAGCUGUGGAACACCGCAUUUCCUGAGAAGAGAGUUGUAAAAGCUGCUCUCUGCUCCUCGGUGAAGGACCUGCACCCUCUUACAAGGCAGCUCUUGAGAUUGGCCCUAAUCUCUCCUUGUGUCUCUUUCUCCUGAUAAGCAUAAUGUUUAUUAGAACAGUGAUCUGUUUGUAUUUCCCUGCCUGGGUACUAUAAACCCAACUGAAGAAAUUCCUGCCCUUUUCCCAGCCACACCUGCCAUAGUCCUUAGACAAACAUCUUUGUACUGUUAAAGACAUAUUCAGAUAGAAUUUUUAAAUGCAAAUCUAUUUUUGUAACUUUUUUGCAGGUUAUUGUCUUCUUUAUGUAGCACUGAACUUUAUAAAGUAUAUUUUUAGAAAACUCAUUUUUCUACUAAGGGAAACAGUUUAUUUUAGAAAGACUGCAAUAGAAGUAAAAUUUGACAUUGAAAUCUUUGCUUACAAAGGUUCAGUUGAAGCAAGAAAAGUGUCUUCUCUCUUAGGAAAAGGGACAACCUCAUUGCAGAGCUACGCUAGGUCACUGCCAUGUGAAUAGAAGAAAGUUUGUAAAAGUAGAAAAGAGGAAACAGCACAUUGGCUUAGCAUCAGUCCGGCAGGCUCUGCUGAGUCUGUCUAAGACAAUGUUAUGGUAAAGGGGUUGCUGUGAGGAGCAGAAUCCAAAGGCAUGCUGUCCUCUGAUCUCCUGAGAACACCACCUUGUAAAGACAAGAAAAGCAAUAAUAUAGACUUUGUUGGUUUCCAUGUACUAAUCAGAUUUAAUGCAAAUUAUUUUAUUUUAUUUUUAUAUUUACAACUUACAUUCACUGACCAAUACAGACAAGAAGUACCUGGACAGCCAUAAUAAUGCUAUGCAUGUGCGCUACGCAGCACACCCACGAAGUCCACUAACAGCUCACCCAGCCCAAGUCGGACUGCCCUGGCUGCGCCUCAGCUGCCAGGGGAGCUGUGCCUGAGACCAGUGAAACGUAAACCCCUAAGGGAUAAACCCAGGCCUUUGCCCUUAGUAAAGCUCCCAAGGCUACUGCAACCCAAGCCAACACUGAGGGCCCCAGCUCAGGGGCCAGCUGUGUGUCCCUGCAGAGCGGUGACUCUCAGACCCCCAGAACUCUAAACCACAACGAAGUCAGCAUCCUCCCCAAGGGUGGGGAACUGAGGCAGAGUUCCCAAGAUGGCUGCCCAAGCACUGAAGGGAAGAGCAGAGGAAGCCCAGGCAGACACUUGGCCUUUCCUAGGCUCGGUCAUUAAAGGUGGACUGGUUGUGAGACAAAGCCAGAAGAAUUCUUGCUGUGCUUACAAUAGCCUACUGCUCUCCCUCUAGCAACCAAGCAACCUUUAUCCCCCAGGGUGAAGGAAAUCCUCCCUCUGUCAUUCACAGGGGAGACUUCAAGGAUUGAUACAUAGUUGUGUGGCUUUUGUCCAAACAAGAAUCUUCUUGUGUUGAGAAACAUUUUGUAUACUUUGAUUAUAAACUAUACCUAGGAUAGAAACAGAAGCCAGUAGUUGGGUUUUUUCUUCCAUACACACCUGAAAAAUCUCAGCGAGCCCUCUGAAGUCUAAGCCUGUCCCGCCUGAGUCACUAGGAACCCCAGUCCUCCUUUGCAGGAAAAAUAUGAGAAAAUUUAAGGGCAUGCUUUUUUAGAGGAACUUGCUUAUUUUCUAAAAGCCUGGUUUGGCCACAAAGUAACCUUGCUGUACAGCAUAAUCCCUUGCAGAUGAAGAGUUCCCAUGGGUCUGAGGGCUGGUAUUAGGGUGAUCUGGUUAACGCCAGGCAACAGUAACUGUAUGUCAGUAACAUUCAAGAAACAGCCUCAUAGCUUCUUCUUUUUUUUUUUUUUUUGGUUUCUUUUGGUACCGGGGAUCAAACUUGGGACCUUGCGCUUGCAAGGCAGGAGGCAGAACCACUGAGCUAAAUCCCUGGCCCUGUAGCUUCUUGAUGUGGUACAUUUUAACCAUGUAAAGUUUUUCAGUGAUGAAUGCAGUAUUUGUACAAAUGGAAAGCAAGAUUCUCUUUUAUAUGGUUUAUACUGCUGAUCAGGACAUGUUGACUGUAUAUUGAGUCUUAAAAAAUUAGAUGUAUAUUAUUCAUUGUUCUUUACUUCUAAGUACCUUACAAUAAUAUUAUAUUCUUUGUUGACAAUACAAUGUUAUUUUAGCUCUUA